AUGUCGCACUUCCCCGCCCCGAUCCAUGCGCCGUCCGACUUGGCGCCCUUUCACCUCAACGGCACGCAGGACAUGCUCACCCUCUUUGAGCUCAUGCCCCUGUACGACCGCUCCGUGCGGCCAUACCUGCGCCCGGACGUAGCACCGGACGCGAGCGAAGCGGACAAGGCCGCCGCUCAUGCCAGGCGCGCCACGAUACCCAAGACAUACUGGCACCACGUCUCUGAUAUACCCGGCAAAACACGCAUACCCAAACGCACUAUCGCGCCUCAUAUGCAUCACGAACUCUCACAUAUACUCAUGAAGCCUGAAUAUACCUACACACCCAUCGUGCCCCUCGAACCCGACACGCUGCGGACGGCCUUCCAGCUGGCAUCGACCACCUCGCCCCAGGUCGCCGGCAUCGACUACAGCCUCCUCGAGCCUGAGGAGCCCGAAGCACCACCUACGCGCAAAAACAAGCACCCACACGGCGAUCGGCCCGACGCACCCAAGAAACGCGUCGUCCUUGUCAGUAAGAAAAAGCGUCUGUAG